AAGCUUUAUUGCUGCUUGUCCAGUGGACUGCUGCCUUCUGGCACAGUCAAGAAGAUUGGGGGAUGUAGUUGCAAAGGUGUAGUUCUGAGGCAAUCCCAAGAGCCCCAAGAGCUGUGGGGAUAUGUGCAAGUUCGAAAUAAGGCCCACAUGUUCUGGUGGCUCUACUAUGCAAAUAACCCAACCAAAGCCUUCACAGAAUUACCUCUCAUCUUGUGGCUUCAGGGAGGUCCAGGAGCUUCAGGCUGUGGAUUUGGGAACUUUGAAGAGAUUGGUCCAUUAGACAAAGAAAUGAAACCAAGAAAUACAACCUGGUUGCAGGCAGCCAGUAUCUUGUUCGUGGAUAAUCCAGUGGGCACUGGAUUCAGUUAUGUGGAUGAUUGUAGCUUGUUUGCCAAAAACCUUUCCACAGUAGUUUCUGAUAUGAUGGUUUUUCUUGGAGAAUUCUUCACACGUAGAACAGAAUUCCAGACCAUCCCAUUCUACAUAUUUUCUGAAUCUUAUGGAGGUAAAAUGGCAGCUGGCAUUGCUUUAGAGCUGCAUGAGGCUGUUCAAAAAGGGACCAUAAAGUGCAAUUUUAUGGGGACUGCUCUUGGAGACUCAUGGAUUUCUCCUUUGGACUCUGUGCUGUCUUGGGGGCCCUACCUUUACAGCACUUCUCUCCUUGAUGAUAAUGGUCUAGCAGAGGUGACCGCUGUUGCCAAAGAAAUAAUGGAUGCAAUAAAUAAAAAUCAGUAUGGGCUGGCCACUGAGCUCUGGGGCAAGGCUGAAGAUGUCAUUGAAGAGAACACAGACAAUGUGAACUUUUAUAACAUCAUGAAUAAGGAGGUUCCAGAAAUGAAAUCAAGUGAACAAGAAAAUCUCCAUCUCGUAGGACUUUACCAACGCCAUGUCAGAAAUAUGCAUAAGGAAAGCCUAGAUGAAUUGAUGAAUGGACCCAUCAGAAAGAAGCUAAAAAUUAUUCCUGACUGUGUGAAAUGGGGAGGUCAGUCCAGGGAUGUCUUUGAGAACAUGGUUGAGGACUUCAUGAAACCUGUCAUUGAUAUUGUUGAUCAGCUUUUGGCAGCCAGCGUCAAUGUUACAGUCUAUAAUGGGCAGCUGGAUCUCAUUGUUGACACCAUGGGCCAGGAGGCAUGGAUCCGGAAACUGAAGUGGCCUAAUUUGGACCAGUUCAGCAAGCAAAGGUGGAAGGCACUCUAUGCAUCUCCAGAAUCCACUGAGACAGCUGCUUUCCACAAGGCCUAUGAGAACUUUGCUUUUUUCUGGAUUCUUAAGGCUGGGCACAUGGUACCGUCUGACCAAGGAGAGAUGGCACUGGAAAUGGUCAGGAUGGUGACCCAACAGCAGCACUAGGGAAGGGGAGGCCAGCUGGUAUGGCGUCCUGCUGAAUGUCAGUGCUCUUGCAGAAUGCGAGUCCAGAAUAAUGAGCCGCAGGAGGAACAAUGGCUAUUUGGACACAGCCUCUCUGAUUUGCUGAUAAUGUGCGCAAGCAUUUAUGGAAAGGCAUUUUUUUCCUUGAAUGAAUUGAAUUUGUAAGCUGUGAUUUGCUGCCUUAACACUGUUCAUAGUGACUCUUCCAGAGGGAAGUCCACUGUCAUAAACAACUAGCUCUGAGCCUUUGCCUUUGACUUGGAAGGAUUUUGUGCUUUUGUAAAAAGCUGCCCUUCCCUGAAUGCUCUCUUGUCUAUUCACACACCAAGACUAAAACUGAUUUGAGUCCUGAUAUUUGCUGUUUGUUCCUCUCAGAGAGCUAACCUGUUUCAUGAGGCCGUGAAAUGUUCCUUCCUUUGUCCUCAGGCCUCUGCUUGAGUCACCUGGCUGGAUUACAAGCUGAAGACAUGGAGAUGCCAGGAUAGAGGACCUGCCCUAGAGGAAUUAUGGUCCAUCUCAUCUUGCUGAGAUGCCUUAGUUAGGAUCCAAGAUUCUUCAGGCUUCCUAUGCUAUGGAGAGAGAACUGCCCGCCCCUGCCGCCCCCAGAGGAGGAUUUGAUCUUUUUCAUCUGACCAUUUGUUUCUUGUUUUCAUUCUCUUUAAUGACCGUUACUCAAACUUUGCCUUAGCCUUAACACCUAAAGCACAUCUAGCAGGAAUUCUUGCUUUCCUGCAUGCUGAAGCAGGAGCCCUGUUAAUACCCUCUUCUUGUACAGAAGAGAGUCCUAAUGGACAGAAUCCUCUUAAACCGUCUGAGCUUAGCCUGGAGAGUGGAAAGG